ACUUAAGUUCAGCAUAAAAAGGAAAUUUUUCACACUAAGGCAAGUAGUGUUAAUACUACAGAGCUGAGAGUAACUUCAGUAGUUCAACAUAAAAAAAAAUCCAUCAAAAUGGCUCAGAUCAUUUGGACAGCCGCAGUCGUCCUUUUAGCUAUUCUGCAGAGCACGCGAGGCAUGACUCUCAAAGGUUAUAAUGGGUCGAUGACCAAUUCAUUAGAAGUUAGCUGGGCUAAUGCCUCACAGCUCAUUGAUCAAGAAUAUAUCGAUGUAAAUAGAACAGUGUAUAUCUAUGUCCAUGGAUUCGGGGGUAACGAAACAACCCAAGGCACAGACCAAUUUAUUCAAGCUACCAUAAACAAAGGUGAUAGAGUAGUAUUAGUUAACUGGUCCGAGGAAGCUGCAUUUCCAGAUUAUUUUAGAGCGGCUAAAAAUACCGCAAUCGUUGGUCCGCAAUUAGGAGAAGCUUUAUUGAUCUUGACGGCUAGCGGCCUACCUAUUGGAAAUAUAGUAUUGGUUGGUAUGUCUUUGGGCGCACACGUGUGUGGUCAAGCUGGAUAUUAUGUUCAAAUACAUCUUGGAACUUCAGUACCUCUGAUCGUAGGUCUAGACGCAGCGAAAGAGCUAUUUGAACCUAAAAAUAAUAUAUAUAGAUCUAUAAAGAGAACUGACGCCAUACAUGUGAUAGGAUGCCAUUCAGAUUGGCUCCGAUUUGGUAUGAUGAGUCCCUACGGAACACACGACUUCUUCUUCAACGUCGUAUCGUAUACGUUGCUAGGUUACCAACCUGGAUGUGGCUUAGUUAAUACAGUAUUAAAGCCAAUCACUGCAUUACAAACUUUGAAUUUUAAUGCUAUAAUAUUUUGCAGUCACCGCAGGAUGGUGUCGUUGUGGGUCGAAGUCGUGCAAUAUAUGUGUACGAUGAUAGGCAAUCAAGCCAGUAGCUCUGUUGAUUGGGUGGCCAGAGGAGGAUCACCCAUAAACCUCACUUGUCUCAGUUACAACGCAACCCAAAGAAACUUCGCAGCGUUACCACGAAGUCGUGGACACGCGGCGACUGUUGGAACUAUAAGGCCUUGGACACAACGGUGGGGAGCUCACUCCAGGAUCGCAGCGUCGGAGACGCACCAUCAGUGGACGCCGGCCACCAUAAACGCAGACAGGGUGAUGGGACUUCUUGAAGGGAAACUCCCAGUCUGAAAUCUUUAGUGCUUUUUGUUAAAUACCUACAAUAAAGGGACACAUUAAAUAAACCAGAGGUAUAUCCAAUUAGUAUUGCCAUGCACUAUAAAAUUGUAUAUUAAAAUUUCCUAUGUCGAAA